GUGUUUUCACGUCUCCCUGGAGACCAAAAGAAACCUGAAGCUUCCAGAAGCUCCACCUGACAACCAGCAACCCUGAGACUGGACUGACAUCAUGACUCACCUGCGCACACCUUCGCCUCCUCACAGCAGUACGUUCAAUCUUCUUCUUCUUCUCAAAUACAACAUCUCCAGCUGCAUCUGUCUGACCGUCUGUGUCUGUCCUCCAGCUGUGCAGAGGAUCAGUUCCGCCGUCCUGCCUUCUGUCGUCCACCGAUUCCUCUUCAGCCAAUCAAAAGAGUUUCGGGUUGCUCACCUGCUCCUCAGGGCGCUGUUUGGGGCAGUGAGCGGUGCAGUCCUGUUCCUGGGAGUCUGCCAAAGCCUCCCGCUGACCUUUGACCUGCAGCUGGCAGCAGGAGGUUUGUUUGUCGCCGUGUGUGCGGUGUGCGGCGCCUUGUCCUCCACCUGCAGAUGUUCGGUCCUCCUGAUGUUUCCUGGCGUGUUCGGUUCUCGUGGCCGAGCCUACCUGAUGCUGUUACUCCUGUCUGUGCUCUACAGAGGACCGGUUUCUAACAUCCAGCGUAACGUGGAGGCGGCUGCAGUGUCUCUGAGCUGUAACCUGGACCUGCAGGUUCAUCACAGCAAGUUACUGUGGAGAGACACCAUCAGACCUUUUAUACUCAUCGCCCAGGAGCUCAUGGAUGACGAAGCUGAGUUUCAGUCGGAGGCUCAGAGCAUCAGCAGGAAGUUUCAGAACAUCAGAGACGAGGUCGUCCUUCAGUACGGAUACGACCAAUUCAAACCCAAACACGCUGCCGGGAACAGCACACAAGAGCAGUACACCUCCAAGACCAUGAUGCAGUGCGACGGUGUGGUGGACGAGGGUGUGCAGCGAUGUACUGACUGGUUCAGCCUCAGGUGGGAGGAAUGUAUGACUGCGAUCCCGGUCCCCGUCAUUAACCACAUCCUCUGCGUCUCCAUGAAGUUCCACUUCCUGUGUGAUAUCAUGAGAGUGAUGACUCCGUGGUGCAGGGAGCAGAUCCCUGUGGAGGGAAACUUUGGGCAGCUGUUUGAUCAGCUGAACCGUUCAGUCGACCUGCUGUCCAGAGAGUUCAGCACCGAGCUCGUCCUGCAGGAGCAGCAGCAGCAGUCGGUGUUAGGUGGAGCUCCGCUGGAUCAGGAGAUCACUCAGGCUGUUAGAGGAUCCUUCCAGAAGCUGAUGACGACCAUGAAGCAGCUGCUUAACGUCCUGCAUCUGCUGCGCUCUUUCACCUUCAUCACCAUCUUCAUCCAAGCGUUUAGUUACCUUAUACAGUACAGGAGGGACGUUCAAUUCGAUAACGUCUACAUCACCACCUACUUCAGGCAGACUGACGCCCGCCGGAGGAGAGCGGGGAAGCGCUGUCUGCUGCCUCUGAAACAAUCAGAGAAAAAGAAUUUCAUCAACCCCUGGAGUCCAAAGAUCCACCCUGAGGAGCUCGAACAAGUGACCUCGGGUGUGUUGCAGGUGCUGUCGGCCUCUCUGCUGUCUGUCGGCCUGCUGUCGGUCGACUUCUCUCUGUUCCACGUCUUGGACAUCGUCAGCAGACACACCUUCACCCAGUUCAACCUGACCAGCAGUCACAAGGUGGACAUCAGAGUGGGCGGAGCCUCCAUGAUGGCCCGCCUCCUGAGGAAGACAGUUUCAGCCUUCAACAGCUCGUCCAUCCUUCACAUCCAAACCGACAACCGGGUGUGUGUCUCUCCCCCCUCCUCCCUCUCUGCUGGUGUGUAUGUGAGCUGUGCAGGGUUUGUCCUGUUGGUGGCGCUCUUCAGCUGCCUUCAGGUUUACACCAACCGCCUCAGACGGGUCAUUGCUGCCUUCUACCACCCAGAGAGGGAGAAGAAGCGAGUCUUGUUCCUCUACAACCUGCAGAUCCAGAGGCGGUUUUCCUCCCCAGACAGGAAACGUCUCAUCAGCAAGGGACGGAGAAGCUGGUCGGUGUUCGAGUGUCUGAGCAGGUGUGGGCGUGGUCGUCGUCACCAACAGUACUCCGAGGAGACGCGCUACGACCCGGAUUAAACCAGGACAGGAAGUUCACAUAAACCUUUUAAACCCGUCUGAGCGUAAAGAAUAAAUUCUGCUACCGA